AUGGGUAUCUCAAAAGACAGGAUCAAAUUCAACGUUGGUGGACGAAUCUUCGAAACGACAUCGACGACUCUCGCAAACGCAGGUCGCGAUUCCUUCUUCGGCGCAUUCUUCGACGACGAAUGGAACCUCUCUCCUCCGUCCUCUCCCGGAGAAUACCAUUUCAUCGACAGAAACCCAGAUUGCUUCGCCGUCCUCCUCGAUCUCCUCCGCACCGGAGACCUCAACGUCCCAACAAACAUCCCAGAUCGUCUCCUCCACAGAGAAGCCUCCUUCUACGGCCUACUCGACCACGUACGCACCGCGAAAUGGGGCCCGUUCGACGGAAACCGCCUCCGCCUAUCCGAUUCCGUCAAAGGAAUCGCUCCGGGUGACGGAACCGCCGUCAGAGCAGGUCCCGACGGCGGCUGCUGCGUCGCGCACGGGAGCGUCGUCCACGUGUUCGAUUGGAUGCUCGAGGAGCAUUACCCGAUCAAUCUCGAUUACCAGAGAGUAAACGACGUCGGAUGGAUCGAUUCGGAGAACAUAGUCCUCUCUGCUUGUGAGAAAUUAGGGAGAGGAGACGGAGGAAUGGGACUUUUCAGCUCGUCUUCCGGCGAUCUCCGGUAUAAGUUUCAAGUCUCUCAUGAGAAUCAAGUCAAGAGUUACACAGCAGGAGCUUUGAGCUUUAAUCAAGACUAUAAGAUCUUCUCUAGCUGCAAAGGAAGAAGCAAUGAGUAUGGAAUCGGAGUUUGGGAUCAGAUAACCGGAAAGCAAACCGAUUUCUUCUACGAGAGUACCGGUUGGUCGUUAGGUGAUGCUGAUAAGCUUCAGUGGUUGAAUGGUAAGAAUUGUCUUCUUGUGGCGACUCUGUUUCCGAGGAAGGACAAUUGUUACAUUAGCUUGUUGGAUUUUAGAGACAAGAACAUGGUUUGGUCGUGGUCGGAUAUUGGUUCUCCUAUGGCUAUAGAUGAGAAGAGAGUGAGAGAUGCUAUUGCUAUGGAAGAUGGUAGUUCGAUCUGUGUGGUGAAUGAGUUUGAGGAUUUAGGGUUUAUUGAUCUGAGAAUGUAUGGAGGGAGUGUGAGGUGGAGCUCGAGGAGUAGGUUGAUGAAGAGCAAGAUGCCUGAUGAGCCUUGUUACCCGAAGCUUGCGUUGCACGGAGGACAGCUUUUCUCUUCGAUGAAUGAUUCGAUAUCUGUGUUUUGUGGACCGGAUUGGGUUUUGACGUCUAGGUUGAGGAGAAGCUAUGGUGGAUCGAUAUGUGAUUUCUCUAUUGGUGGGGAUAGGCUUUUCGCGUUGCAUAGUGAAGAGAAUGUGUUUGAUGUGUGGGAGACUCCUCCUCCUCCGGUCAUCUGA